AUGAACCAGUUCCGAAUGGAUCAUCACCAGCAGUCAAUCCCCUUCGGGGUCGACGACAGCUAUCGAUGGAGCAGCUUGGCCAGGGCUCCCGCUCGACUGCCUAACCAGAACAUCAACCGAUGGGCCGGCGCACCCAACGCCAACGACUGCCAGCGCCCUUGGGGUCCGUCCUCCGCCAUCGGUACGCAUCGUUCUCAUGCGGCCGACAAGCUAUCUAUCGGUUCUGGAUUACGCCCUGGUUCAGAUAGGAUCGCGCAGCUUCCCAGCGUCACGUCCGGCAAGUCGCAGCGUCUCGCACCACCUCUCUCCGUCCGAGUCCUCUCCGCUACGCACUCUGCAUCCUUGAUGUCUAGCCCCUGCACUCCUGACGUCGUUGGCGAGAGCUUCACUCCCGGAGGUCUCUUCGAUGACGCUGAUGACGAGUGGGACGGUCUCCCUAUCACCCCUGCCGAGCAGCAGGGUGACGCCAUGGCGACGCCCGAAUCUGAUGAAUGGCGCUCCGCUUCGUGCAUCUGUAGCGACAAGUCUUCCUCCGGCACCACCUUUGCUGGCAUGGCCACGCCUAGCGCAACGGCCUCUCUGGCGACCUCGACCUCUGAAGGCAACGCAAUCGGGUGGCCCCUUCACCGCUCGGUCGUCGCGGGUCAAGCUAAACACGUGCUGUCCGGUGAGCCCACGCAGAAGCUCGACCUUGCAUCAAGUAACGAUUGCGCCGUCACCCCUGAGAUCAUUUUGGGUAACGUGGGUAGUCAUGAGAAAGUGGAGGCUGAUGAGAAGCUUCAGACCGACCUUUCCAGCGUCGUGCCUGCAAUUUUCUGCCAGCCCACUACUGCUACCAGUGUCGACGCAGUUGAGGAUUGCGACGCGAUUGACGAGAUCAUAAUUGUGUCCACUCCACCUAUCGACCUGGAGGAGGAUGCGGCCGAGAUCUUGGAGGGCAAGCGAGUCGUCAUUGCCAGAGCGCAUGCAUGCGCACACGACCUUUGCGAUUGUGUCGGUGGUGGCAAUUCUGCGUCACCCACCGAGAUUUUUGGACGUGUUUCUCACCAUGACGUCAACCUUUGCCACUCCACCGGCUGUGACCAACAAUUCCAUCUCGAGACCUGUGACGCAGUCACACAUCGCCCGGGCGCCUGCAAUAUAUCAUCCGCAGCGUUCGACGAUUUCCCUGCUGAAUCCACCUUCCUCCCUGCCAACUUCUUCGAGGACGACGCCUCGGACACCGUGAACUCCGACUUGACUUCUCUAGUCAAUGUUCAGAAGCCCGCCUUGAAGAACUUCGGUCUGGCCGGCACCAGUGUCGGCCCGGUCCUUUCGAGCAACACGAGAAUGCACUUCUCUGCGCGCGAGGGCCUCCCUCCGUCCUCAGCUUGGCAGCUGGAUUACUCGAGCGGAUCUGCGGAUCCCAUUCCAGAGCUCGUCGACCUGUCCCCCGCUGCGGCCCAGCUGUUCAAGGUUCUUGACAUCGCCACCGAACCCUCCGACGAUGAGUCAUCAGUCUGCGGAAAGGACACGCGAUCUCUCCUCGCCUCCGAUGCGGCCCCCCUGGCCUCACCUGUCUCGUGGUCGUCUCAGACUUCCGAGGAUGGCCGUUGCCCGCCCUCCCUUUCCACGAUCCACUCUUUCAAGUCGGAGGAGCUCGUGGAGAACGCGGUAAAUCCUUCCAAGCAGCCAGCUACGUCCUCGAUAGCCGUCACUGCUGUCGAUGAGUCGCUCCUCUUCACCGACGCUUCCUUUGCCACUGGCUGUUCGGAACUGGCUGCUCCUCAGCCACGGCCCAUCCCCAAGUACCUAUCCUCUGUUACCGCUGGUAGCGACUUCCGCCACUUACUCGGCCACUGGCUUGCGUCGUACGUAAUUGGCCGUCUUGCUCAUCGCGAGGCGGUUGGUUCCGGCAACAUUGCCUCCGAGUGGACUCGUCAAGCAGUCUACGCACGGGAAACGGAGCGCACUCAGCAAGUUCCCAGCUCAAACUCCGAGUACACAUUCUACAGCCCCAGGCCGACCCCCCGAGCGGUCGACCGCACUUCAGGACGAUUCGCUGACGACCCCUACGAUGUGUUGAAGCGCCACGGCAUUGUCACCGCGGCUCCGAACAUGGCCUUCGUUCAGAUCGUCACAGAGUUCAUCGUUCGCCGCAGGAUCCCAGCUGAAACCAUCGUCGCAGCAGCGUGGUUUGUUGACAACCUGCCUGUGCAUGACGUUGAUGGAGACCUGGGAUUCUCCCUCCGCGGAGCGCUGUGCGUCUCCAAUGGUGAGCCGUUUGCAGUUGAGCGCCGCCUCGCCAUGAUCGCUCUUUAUCUGGCAGACAUGUCGAUCUCCGAUUUCAACUACAACCUCGCCAGCUGGUCCAACGCAUUUGGUGUGCCCAAGGCAAACGCUGUCUGCAUCGAGCGUGAGGCUCUGGCUAGCUUGGGUUACUCGGUGUCGAUCCCCAUCCAGUCCUGGCGUGAUCACUGCAAGAACGUUUACUCUCUCUUCACGCGAGCGACUUUCUUGCCGGGUGUGUCUACAUUGUCGCUGGGCACCAUGCACACGAUGGUUCAGACUGCCCGAGGUGUCGCUGAGGACGCCGCCGAGGAUGUGGAAAUCUUCCGUCGUCGUCAGAAGACCGAUCUUGACAACGACGCGAUCGCUUCCCUUCGUCGCUUUCAGUCACACAUCGACGUCUCCAAGAUGCCCAUGCAGGCUCCCCUCCCCACGUGCAACUCUGUCUACCACACCCCUGAUUCCGAUCAGGAGAAUGUUGCUCCGCCCCCUGCCCAGAAUGAUGAGGACGAGGAAGAGGAGGAAUUCGCCCCCUACGAUGGCGCACCUUCCUUCCCUGUUCCCAAGUUCCCCAAGCAAGUGGAGGCGCCGCCGCCUGGGUCUGCGCUCCCUACCCCGCCUUACGAUGGAGCCGACAGCUUCCCGGAGCCUGUUUUCGAGCACAAUGAUGGGCAGGACCACUUCCACAAGGUCACCCUGCUCGCCGAUCCUUCUCCCAAGGCUAAGGUUGCCGACUGGCUGCACCACGAUCAAGACGACGAUGAGGACGACAACUCGUACGAGGAAUACGACGGUGCUGCGCCAUUCCCGGACCCAGUGCCUCUCGAGCGUAAGGCGCCAAAGUACACAAUGUCCAUGCCCGUCGCCAUCUCCUCUUUGUCUCGUUCUCCCGUCCCCAACCACCAGGCGCACGUUCCCAAACGUGCGCGCUACGCGUCCUCACCCCGGCAUGUCCCUGUCGCGUCGUGGCCGUUGGACCCAAGUCUGCCCAGCCGGCCACCCACAACGCAGCAGCGCAUGUCAUACGCAACCCUCUCUCGUGGGUACUCGCCCUACUACCCUCAGGACCAGCAACUGCUCCGCAAGACUCUUUCUGCGCAACCUAAAUUUUUUUCUUCCGAGGCUCCUCACCACCUCACUCGGGAGCAGCUGCGAUCUCUGGCAGUGGAGCACCACCCACGCCCCGUUCGAGCGCCCUACAUUAACGGCGUCGCGAUCAACCACGGUCGCGUUGAUGCCUUGGAGGCAGCGAUCGAACACUCGACCAAGAACUUUGCUCAUGGAUACCCGACCGAUCACGGUCUGGCCUCAGAGGCUCUUCUCCCCACUUUAAUCACUGCUAUAAUCAAUGCGGCUGCGGAGCUCGAGCCUUUGAAAGAGGCCCCGGAGCCGGUCGCCCGACCCUCGACGCUUGCGUCGAUGACGACGGUGGCCUAA